CCAGCCCACCGGAGAGAGGACAAAAACAAUCGGCAUCUCUCUCGCCGAAGAACAUAAACAAGAGGACUUAACCCAAACCUGCCUGCCGAACGUCUUCACAAACGUGCUCGACAUGGUUUCCCCAGUGACUGUGGUCAAGAGUGAAGGCCCCAAGCUGGUGCCAUUCUUCAAGGCAACCUGUGUUUACUUCGUCCUCUGGCUGCCAACCUCAAGUCCAUCCUGGUUUAGCGCACUUAUCAAAUGUUUGCCCAUCUUCUGCCUCUGGGUCUUUCUGCUGGCACAUGGCUUCAGCUUCUUGGGGGCUCGCUCCAGUGCCCGCAAGAUCCUGGCUGGCCUCAUCUUUUCUGCUCUGGGUGACGCUUUCCUCAUUUGGCAGGAGCAAGGCUACUUCGUCCACGGUCUUCUGAUGUUUGCCAUCACGCACAUCCUCUACUCAUCUGCCUUUGGAAUGAAGCCCGUCAAUGCGCGUGCAGGCCUGGCGAUCGCUGCUGUGUCCAGUGUGAGCUACAUACUGCUCUACCCUUACCUGUCGGGCCCCUUUACCUACCUGGUGGCUGUCUACAUUGCGCUGAUCGGCUUCAUGGGCUGGAGGGCCGUUGCGGGCCUGCAGCUAGCCAAUGACCUUUGGACCUGGACCAAGCUGUCAGCCUGCCUGGGCGCCGUGCUGUUCAUGGUCUCUGACCUCACUAUAGCGGUCAACAAGUUCUGUUUCCCUGUGCCCCACUCGCGGGCUAUCAUCAUGGCAACCUACUACGCUGCGCAGAUGCUGAUCGCUCUGUCAGCCGUGGAAUGCCAGGAUGUGGAGGUCGCGCGCAAGAGGGUAUGAGGGGCCUCUCUGUCUCUGUGACGACAAGCUGCCGGUCGCUGCUCCCCGGGUGGUCGUGGACACAUUUCACUACCACAUCCCCAAGCCUCAGCCCUCACCUCCAUUGUCGCCAUGGCGACUGGACCACCGCAGUCUCCCACUUCUUCCUUACUAUGAUGCCGCGGUUGUAUUAUCUUCAGCCUCUCCCGACAGCGGUGCUGCCUGCCUCUUCUGAUUCCCCCAAUGGAAUGCCUCCUCCUACUUGAUGACCGCGGAUAUGUGCACGGUAUUGCUCAUCUACCCGACAAAGUGUUCGUUUUAUUUCGUUGAGUUUAAGGAGAACAUGUCGUUAGAGACAUUUAAGGACUGUCUUAGGGGGCUGGGGUUCUGGAUAUAUCUAUUUCUUUUGUAGCCCUAUACCUCACCUGUCCCUUAGCAAUACAUCACCUCCCGACUCAAGACACUUAGAAAUCACCCUAACUUGGUCCACAAUUGCAAAUCAAUCUUUGUGACUUUUUAUUUUUAUUUUUAUGUUUUUUAUUGAACUGUCUGAGGUAAUGUGUAGCUUUUGUCUCAUCAGUGUGAUUCUCAUCCAACCAGGUCACGAUGAUCCUCAAAAGUUGAAUCUAAGGCAACCGGAUGCCUCAGCCGAAUAGCCGAAAAGUAGAGUUGCCUUCAAUUUAACCUUUGUGGCGAAGCUUUAGUUGUCUCUCAAAAGGGAUUUCCUCCCGACUUGCUCAUAUUUAACUCGACACCUUAACCUAUUCUGUCUUCCCCUGUAUUGCGGGUGCUAUUUAAAAAAAAACAACAACAUGCGAUGAGCUGCAAACUCUUCCGUUCCACUCACAAAUAACCACGAUGCUGUUGUUCGGUCUGCUUUUCAACAACCUCAGCGACGCACCCAGUCUCAUUGUAGUAGGAUUCACAAUCGCCAUUGUGUGGAGUUGGUACGUGGGGCAGGUAAAGUUCAUCGGUCACUCCCAUGGGAAUGGUUUUCACUGUCAUGAGGAGUAACCGCUGACCUGUCUCGGGUAUAGUCCGGCUCUGUGCCGAUUUCAUCUGAGAUUCACUUCAGCUCUCCUUAGACCGGUAUGAAAAAGGCAGGAGUGAACGGGUUCAAACUGAGCUGCAAAGGUCGGCAUUGCACAUUAUGAGAGAAAAGCGAUUUUAAGCGGCCUGGGAUUAUUUCGCAUGGACUGAAUUGCUAUUGAAAUGUGUGUUGUCCCAUAUUUGGGCAGCUGGCCUGUCACGCGAGGAAAGUUCCCCCCCCCCCCCCCCCCCCCCCCCCCCGAACUGGUGUAGGUUGUACAAACAAAUGAAAACAAUGCCGAAACCGAUUUCACAAAAUGAAGGCCGAGGUCGAUAAAAUCGCUCGGGAUUAAAAAAAAAGAAUCCUAAUCGCAUCGCCCGCCGUUUCCCAAUGUCUUCUGUCGUCCCCGUGCACCAGGAAGUCGCCUGACAACGAACAAAUUGAAGUCGCUCCAUGCUUGACUUUUUCCUCUCUUUUGUUAACAGUCCAUCCUCGGCAGAGCUCGGCGCUCAACCGUCUGACGUGCAUCCAUCCCCGCACAUCAUGUUUUUGCUGUUCGAAUGAAGUGUCAACUCUCUUAGAACAUUGCAACUUUCUUCAGCUGUCCACACGCACACACAAACAUACACUAUGUACGUGUUUGCGUGUGUCUGUGAAUUGCCAAGUUGUGGAUGUCAGAGUGGAAAUCUACUGUACGUCCACUUGAACCGGCUUAAGGCCAGAAAUGCUGAGACCCGUCACAGAAAGGUGUCGUCAUCAUCAUCGUCAUCGUCAUCAUCAUCGUCACUGGAUAAUAUACUGUAGAUUCAUGGGGCUUAGAUGUGCUCCAGUGGCGACCCCCUUUUAGUGUUUUGCACGAAGCGACCGAAUCUGCGAGUACAGCGGAACCUCUAGAGUCGGAACACAAUCCGUUGGAGGACGCUGGUCGUUGGCGGAAAUGUUUGAUCCCAUAGUAAAACAUUUGACGCGGUCAAACUGUCGGAGUCGGACCAUAUUACCGUUGCGAGCAAUUUGGUAAGUCGCAGUCACGCGUUUUAGAAGGGUCGUACGAGUAUGAAAAGAUAUUGAACCGCAUUUAAUAUUAAGACGUUAAAACCUGAAACGACGAAGACAGACUGCGAAGGUGAUCCUCGCCCCUGGCAUGAACAUUCUGACUGGACUCAAAUGAAAGUGGCGGCCGUACAAAUGGCAAAGAACAAAACAAGAGGUGACGCCGGAGUUUGAGCUCUUUGUGCUGGCAUAAAGAUCCAUCCUGUACAGCAGAUCCCAAAAAGUCUCCAGCUCCUUGUCUUUGUGAUGUAGAAGAACAAUUGCCCAAGAUAAGUCAUUUCAGAACGUUUGCAGCCUUGUGACCUACAGUACAACCCGUAUGAGUAAAGCAGCGUAUUUCGGGGUAGAAUUACAAAUUGUAUCCCUUCUACUGUCGAGGUUCCACUUGAUUUCGAUUUUUGGAAUUGAUUACGACCACUCGUUGUUUGUUGUUUGACAAAAGGAGAAUCACCGUACACUACAAAUGUACUCUUGCGCUUAGCUGCGAGUCUUAUUCAGAGGUCAUGUUUCGUGAUUGCGGUAAGAGAAUUGAUACAUACCGUAGCAUACAAAACAAACUGCAAUGGGGAAGAAGCCGACCCGGAUUAGGGCUUUCUGCUUCAGUACACCCACAUACGGGCGAGGAAUCUUCGCCCACACACUGUUGUGUUUCCAUUCCACCGGAACGAACAUGCAGACAGAGCACAGCGGUGACUCGGACUUCUGCAAUUUACCGGUAGUGCAAAUAAGUGAAGACGAUCGGCCGGACGGUUCCUCAAUCUGCUUUUGACACGUCAGCACGGCUGUCGGCAUAUUCGCUCCGUCGGUCGCUCCCGCGUGUCUAUUUUUUAACGUGUCCGCCGAGCAUUGUGGCUCAGUCCCGCUCGGGACUCUCCCUCGUCUACGCAUUUGUCUCCUCGUUUUGUCUCGACCCAUAUCGGGACUAUAAAGACUGAGUCGAGCGCGGGGCAAUUUACGGAAGCAGCCCUUUUGCCCUCUGCCAAAUAAAGGCAUGAGGAGUUUUCCCCUUCUGUACUCUCGGCUGCAAUACAUAAGACAAGAUGAACUAUUUCUACAGUUCUUUUUGUUCGGCGAGCCACACUCGAGAAGGCGGUGCGUGCUGAAAACGCUAUUCUGCGAUCCGAAUCGUAAAGCUGCGAGAGGUCGUUCCUGCCAAAAUGCCGUUUGUAUUCGACUUCCAACGCAACGAACUACAGCGAGCCACUCCAAUUCCAUUCAGCCAAUUCCGUUCGGCUGUGCUGCCGGUGUCUUUCGGCCUUCCCAAUUGGGAGGGAAGCUGGUGUUGACCGAGAAGGUCGCUGGAUUCAAAGGAGAUUGAAACACUCCCUGCCCAUCAGCGGGUCAGACAGACACGAAGGCCACUUCGCCUCGGCCUGUCUGUCAAUCGUCCUGAAAAGAAAAGAAAAAAAACAAAACAAAAAAAAGAACCCGUGAGAGCCGUAGGAGGCCGUUCGGGCCGUCCACGGCCGUCAUAAUGUUCCGGAACCAGUCGCUGGUGUAGUACGGGGGUCCAGAUUUUCACUUGCACUUUGCCGUUACUCUCCUUACUUGCUCUCUUGACCUUUACAACGUAAAUCUGUAUCUGUAUCCAAAUGCGCAUGGCAACGUAGGCUGAAAUGAAUCCACAAUGUCAACACUCAUCGACACGAAUCAAGCUCAGAUCUUGUCGUCCGUGCGUCCGCGCGUGCGUGCGUGCGUGCUUGCUUCACGUUAAGACUGACAAACUGACAAUAUCCCUACGAAGGUAAAACGGACGAUUAAAACAGAACUGUCGACCCUGGCCGAGUUUGUCGGUUGAAUACUUUUAUCUGGAGACGAAAGAAUAAAGAUGUGUUGAGAAAGUUUUUUUUUUUUGGGGGGGAUUAUUUUGUUUACAUUUUGACAAAUAUAUAAUAACGUUUGGCACUGAAUGCAUAUCCGAUGUUUAAUUGUCGUAGUAGUUUUGCUCGAACUACUGGAAUCAUUUUCGAAUGAUUGACUCGAAACAAUGCAAUCGAUCUCAUGCAACUCUUCAACUGAAUCUUUUAUAUGCUGCUACCGUAUGACGUAAGUGUUGCGAUGAAAAGACGAAGAAUAUUUGAAAGAUGAUUGAAGCACAACGAAGCAAUGUGGAAGUCGGACUUUUAGUUCACAGCACGUAUUGUUCGGAAGGUAUUUCAAACUUGUCCGUGUUUUUUUUUUUUGGGGGAAUCAUUAUUUUGAAAUCAAAAAAAAAAAAAAAGCAUGCUUCCCCCCCUUCAGAUGGCCACGUAUAAUUUCACUUUAUUUCAUGGGAAAAUGGUGUCCCUGUAUUUCAACGCUACGAUGCUGUAUUUUUCACUUGUGAUUUCUAAUUUCUUUCAAGACCGUAUAGACAAAAUAGUUUCUUUGCUGUCGUGAAACUGCUACGAAUGUGAAUGUGAAAUGUGUAUUGGAGAAAUAAAUGCAAUCGCAAUGCAACUUCAAC